AUGACCAGAAUUAAACGAGGAUAUAUAGCUCGGAAACGUAGGACAAAAAUUCGUUUAUUUACAUCAAGUUUUCGAGGGGCUCAUUCAAGACUUACUCGAACUAUUACUCAACAGAAAAUAAAAGCUUUGGUUUCGGCUCAUCGGGAUAGAGAUAGGAAAAAAAGAGAUUUUCGUCGUUUGUGGAUCAGUCGAAUAAAUGCAGUAAUUCGCGAGAAUCAAGAAAAGGUAUACUAUAGUUAUAGUAGAUUAAUGUAUAAUCUGUACAAGAGGCAGUUGCUUCUUAAUCGUAAAAUACUUUCACAAAUAGCUAUAUUAAAUAAGAAUUGUCUUUAUAUGAUUUCCAAUGAGAUCAUAAAAUAA